AUGAUAAAUCCAUCUACGACAACUCCUGUUCGAAUUUUACCAAAUAAUAAAGUAUAUAGACAAUUAUUUGAAGCACAAGUACAAUUAAGUGAUGCUUAUAGUCGAGUACGAAAUAAUCAAUUAUCACAAUCUGUUAACAUUACAUCACGUCCAGAUGGUGUACCAGUUGUGCGAAAUAUCAAACCACAUCAAACACAAAAACAAAAAUGGUUGACAAGUAUGUCAUUUAGUAAUGAUUCUAGUAUUAAUCCAGUAACAAUUUCAUUUCAUGAUGAACGAAAACGACGUCAAAAUGAACGACAACAACAAUUAGAUGAAUUAAAACGUGAAGUUUUUAAUUUACCUGAUAACAUUGCACAUAUUGAUACUGAAAAAAAUAAAACUAUUAUUGAUGAUACUACGAAGAAAGGAAAUGUAACUGAACGAUUAGCAUCUAAUCGAGAAACAAAAUAUAAUCAAUUAUGGGCGGAAUUUUUAGAGAAAAUAUCUGAAACUAAUCAAAAUUUAUUACUCGAACUUGAAAAGGUCACUCGACAAUGUAAUAUAUAUUAUGAAGAUGGUGAUAAAGAAAUUGAUGAACAUUUAAAAAAUCUAAUCUAUCGAAAAGAAAUAACAUCAUUAACAAUUAAGUCAUUUGAAUAUGCAUUUAAUCAACUUGAUCAAUAUCUUUCACCACGUCUCUCUCAAAUUCAAGAAUAUUGUCAAUCAAUUGAAGAUCUUGAAUUAGAACGAAUUCAUAAAAUUCGUGAUUUAUUUAAAUAUUAUUCUGAACAUUUGUAUAGGACACAUCAUUUAUCUGAUAAAGAUACUGCAUAUGAAUUAGAAAAACAAGCGAACGAAUUAAAUACACAAAUGUUGGAUAAUCGUCGUGUAUAUGCUGAACUUGAAGCGAAAUUAUUAGCAGGUGAAACUGUUCGUAUACAUCGAUAUCAAGCUGAACUUAUUAAUUAUCAAACUAAAUGGAGAGAUGCAACAUGGAUCAUACAUAAACAAACAUGGAUUUCAAAAUUAUCACAAUGUAGAGCAAAAUUAGAACCAACAAUUUUAUCAACAUGUCAAUCAAUUGGUACAGAUAUUACUACAAAAACAAAUUUGUUUAUAGAGCAUAUAUAUAAGUUAAAUUCAUUCAUUCCACCUAUAUCAACACGUGAAAAUGCACAAAAAUGGUAUAAUCAAGGUCAUGAUAUAGUUAAUAAAAUAGUUAAUAAACGACAAGAACUUGUUCAACAAAUAAAUGAAAUUGUUAAUAAUGAAAUCAAUUUAUUAAAAAAAGAAUCAGAAUUAAUUCGAGAAAAAGUUAUUCAUAAUCAAGUUUAUAAUGAGGAACAAUUACGAAUUGCAUAUGGUCGUGACAUUGAACCAUUGUUUGCAGAGCGAAAACAAUUUUUACAAGAAUCAAUUAUUGAUCGAAUUCAGAUUGUCUAUGAACAAUUAACAAAUGCAAUGUAUGAAAUACUUGAUCGUCUCUUAGCAUUCAUAAAACCUGCAGGUGAACAAUGGGAUGAUCAUCAAAAUCGACUUGAACAUGUUGCUGUCCAAUUACUUAGUAUCAUGCAAGAAUGUCGACGACCACAUGAUCUUCAAAAUGAAAAAAAAUUAACAAAACUUGAUUCAACUCUCGAUGAAAUGCGAAGUGCAUCUAAUGAAACAGCAUUAGCACGUCUAUUGACUUCUUCUUAUGACCAAUUAGAUAGUCUCAAAGCAAGUUAUGCACAAUUUUAUGAUGCAGAACAUUUAAUUGUAAAUAAAUAUUCAGAUAUGAUUGCUGAAGAAGUUAAUCGAUAUAAAACUGAAAUGCUUGAUUAUUUUCAUGCUCGACAAGUCGAUGAAAAUAAACCUGAUGACCAUCAUUCAUCAUCAUCAGUUUAUCAAUAUUAUACAACAUCAUUAACACAAACAACUUAUGAACUUGAAGGUUAUGUUACUAAUGAAUCGGACAUAACACAGCAAAUUAGUACUAAUAAUGAAUCUAAACAGUCAACAAAAUCACCAAUGCAAAGAAGAAAUUCAAAUACUGUUACACGUUUAGAAAAUGAACAAGAUCAACCACAAAUACAAACAUUUCUAACUGAAAAUUCAAUAUUAAAUAUAGAAAUACCAACAAAUGAAACGAAGUCAAUACCAUUUUAUGAAGCAUUUCAAAUACCAUCUAAUCUUGUAAAUUCUCUUAUGAUUAAUUUAUGUCGAGCUUUUCUUGAUUACUAUGAUCAAUGGAAAGAAGAAACAGUACGACGAGCUGAUGCAAUUAUUUAUUCAAAACAUGAUGAAUUAGAUAAAGAAAUGGAUUUUCAAAGGUGUUUACAUGAACCAAGACGUGAACGAAUUGAAACUGAUAUACAUAAUGUCAGAGCAGGUAAAAUUUAA